UCUCAUUGGACCGAGCAGUACGGCUGAGACACAUUGAAUAUAGAGGCAGACGAUGCUGCAGGGAGGCUAAUGGCCGUCAGAACUGACAAAAUACGUCCAACCUGCAUCUGGGUUGCUUUGAAAAGACUUGACUUGAACGAUGAUCAAGUUACUAUUGUCAAAGAUGUCGGCAUUCUGCAAGGACGAGACACAGCUGCUGCUAAGCAGGUUCUCUUUAACUCCUUUGGGCUGACAGAUACCACUCUUGUUUUGAAGCUUCGAAACAAUCGGGGUUAUUUGGUUCCAAUUAAUGGUGAACUGAAUAUAAACAACAGGCAAUCACCAUAUAUUCUAGAAGUAACAAAGUUGUUCCAGCAUGUUGUCUCCAGACCUCGUACUGAUCCCAUGACAGUGAUCAAUAAAGGUUUGAAGAACAGACUACAAAACAUUAUGAAGAGGAUUGAGAGAAUGGAGGAACUGGCACCAGAAGUAAAAGUGAGACGGCAAGACAAGCUAAAUGAGGAAGUAGAGUUGUUGAAUCAGAAACUGCAGUUUUUGAAUCAAAGAAUGCAAAUUGCAGAUUCCACAGUUUGGAAAGGCAUGUUUAAACGUCCUCCACUAUGGUGAAUCAGUGACUAGAUGCAGACACCUAGCAAUCUUGUAUUUAACUGAAACUUCCAGAAUAACAGCUGAAGCCCUAUGUAAAAGAUUUACUUAUGAUAUUAGAUUAUUGCCUCAGUAGGAGAUUCUUUAUUGCUUUCAAAAAAUACUUGGAUGCCAUUCUCAAGAGAAGUUGCUUGCCUCUUCAUAGGUAAAGAUGAACUUUGAAAUGUUGUUUUGUACAUAUUUAUGCUGAACAAUAUAAACAACAAAGUGGAGAUAAAAUGACUGUGUAUGAAAAGCCUGACACCGGAAUUGUUAUGUAUUCUGUUGUGGCUCAACACAUUAUUCUUUUUCUUCUUUGGAGUUAUCUGCUUGAAGGCAGAUCUGACUCACAGUGACAAAAUCUCUGUUGCAGGCAGGCCCCAAAUCCAACCCAGCGAAACGGCCAAUGCUGUUGGCACCAAUCUGAUCCACACCAGUCAUCUAACUAACUGAGCCAUUGAUCCCCCAAACAGUUCGUGUUACUGUGGCAAUGUUGCAAUAUUCUACCUGUGUAUAUUCACCUGCAGCCAAGCGGUAUGAUGGUUGAGGCUCCAAAUCCCUUCUCAUCACAGAGUCAUAGAGUUAUACAGAAUGGAAACAGCCCCUUUGAUCCAACUCAUCCAUGUUGACCAGAUAUCC